UGUUUGAUGUUUUCUUGAAAUGGGUUCCCUGACUCUAUUUCAUGUCUGCCUGCAGGAGGAGGAAUCUCAGGCCAAGAAUGAGAAUUACAUCUGGGCUAUAGGAGAAAGGUUGAACAUUUAUUCAAGCAGAAGACAACUCAUUUCAGUCAUUCAGAAACACCAAUACCCCUUGAAUGGAAAAUCCUACAGUAAGUAGUGGAUGCGGCCCAGUCCAUCACAGUAAAGCCCUCUUCACCACUGAGCACAUCUACAUGGACCAUUGUCGCAGGAAAGCAGCAUCCAUCAUCGGGGUCUCCCACCACCCAGGUCAUGCAUUGUUCUCACUGUUGCCAUCAGGAAGGUGGUACAGGAGCCUCAGGACCCACACCAUCAGAUUCAGGAACAGUUGUUAACCCUCAACCAUCAGGCUCUUAAACCAAAGGGGAUAACUUCAUUUAUCUUUUCUCACCCCAUCACUGAAUUCUUCCCACAACCUAUGGACUCACUUUCAAGGACUCUUCAUCUCAUGUUCUUGAUAUUUAUUGCUUUAAUAUUAUUUAUUUUUCUUUUUGUAUUUUACUGUUGUCUUUUGUACACCAGUUGUCCGCCCUGUUGGUGCAGUCUUUCAAUUCUAUUAUGGUUAUUGGAUUUAUUGAGUAUUACCUGCAAGAAAAUGAAUCUCAGGGCUGUAUAUGGUGACAUAUAUGUACUUUGAUAAUAAACUUUACUUUGAAUUAAAGACGCAUUAGUUAAAGCAUAGGUGUCAAACUCAAGGCCCACGGGCCAUAUCCGGCCCGGCGUACAAUUAUAUCCGGCCCGUGAGAUAAUUUUAGAUAGAUCUAUUAUUUUAAUUAUUAAUGGCCUGGCGAUAUAAGCCUGUGAUUGUAAGUUAAUACCAAUCAUAAAAAUAAUGCUUGCUCAGCGGUCUUCUUCAUAAUAAACGGAAUUUGUGAAGUGAAACACUUUGUAGUUAUAGCAGAGACUGAGACACAUGAGAACAGGCUGAAAAAACGGAGGCAAUGAAAGCUGCGUUCGCACGCGCCCGACUGAUCCGGCCCGCAUGAAGCUGCAUUUUGCCCAAUCCGGCCCGUGACCUAAAAUGAGUUUGACACCCCUGAGUUAAAGUAUGAAUCUGUUUUUUAUGCUUUGGAUUGAGGUUUUUUCUUACACUUGUUAUAAGCUAAUGAAUAUUCAUUGGAGCAAAAAUUCAUGAAGGUGCUGAUAAUUAAGAGAUCUUGCUCCUCAGCAAAAUAUUUCAACAAAUGAGUAAUAAGGUCAAGUGAAGUAAAUCAUAGCCAGUUCUGAUGAGGAUCUUCAAUGUGAAACAUUAACAAUUUAUUUCUCCACAGAUACUAAUUGAGCUACUGAACAUUUCCAGCACUUUGUUUUUAAGUUGAGGCCUUACAUGGGUUAAUCUGGACAUAGUGCAACUGAGUGUGAUUUGAGCAUUAUCUAAUAGGGAAGAGGUUGUAUUUGUAGCUUUAUUCCAGAUACAUUUAAUACCAACUCUUUUAGGUUUACCACAGCAAAUUUAGAUUAGUUUUUCUUUAUCAAACCCAAUUAACGUCCUGAGUAGAUAAAAAAAAAUAAAUAUAUUGUUCAUUGUGAGUAUUUAAAUAAAUAUUUCACUGUGAACAGUUUACAUAGGUCUAUAUGAGUGGUGACAAAAUUAUACCUGCCAACUCAGGACUAUUGCCCACACUCGAUACUACUUCUGUGGAAGAUCAUGCUUUCUUGUUUGCAAGAAAUUAACAAUUAAUAUCCAAAUAAAUGAAAAGAGCUUCUGGGUCAUGCUCUCCUCUUGCUGCUAUUCUCCAGCAAGAGCUACAGAAGCCUGAAGUCCCACACCACCAGGUUCAGGAACAGCUACUUUCCUGCAACCAUCAGAUGGUUUAACAAACCUGCACAAAACUAAUCCUACUUCAGCAAAGGAAUAUUAUGGGCCACUUCUAGAACUACUACGGGCUCGUCUCUAAUUGUGUCUCUUUUUUUGCACUAAUAUCUUUUUCAGUACAGUCUUUUUUCCCCAGUGUUCAUUAUGUUUUAUUUAAGAUUCAUGUUCUGUGUGUUAUCUCAACCUACAUACCUGUAAUGCUACUGAAAGCAAGCUUUUCAUUGUCUGAUAAGUGCUCUAAGUUAUUAUUACUAUAUGUACCUCACUACUUUUUGCACAUGACAAUAAACUCAGUUUGUCUGUCUGUAUUUAAUUGAUGGCAGAACUUGUGAUGGAUGAGCAUCUGUGUACUUUUACUUAUAGUGAAUAUAAGGGAUUUCACAAUAGAACAGGAAUGUAUGUCCUUUAACUUGCUUGUAAAUGAGCUGUUAUCCUUUUACCAGCAGAAAAACAAUAGUACUUCAAAAGUAUUCAGAGAACUUGGUGCUAAGGUUGUGAAACAUUUUGAUGCCAAUCUUUACAUAAGUGGUCAAUAAUGACCAAGACUUUGAUCCUCAGCUGAAUCUUUCUUUGCUUUCUUCAAUCUAGAGAAUAACUACCUCAUACUCCAGCCUAGACUAGGAUUGAUCUGUGCAGGCAUCCUAACCCACAUUGGAUCUUGCCUAACCUUCACUUACAAACUUGUUCCUUGUCUCUGGUAUAUGUAUCGACGCUGCCUGACCUGCUGGGUCCCUCCAGCAUUUUGUGUGUUAAUCUUGAAAAAUGCAAGAUCCCCACUGACUAUCCGGAACUCCUGGCCCAUGGCUGCUCAGAGUGAGAAGGGACACGUGCCAAGUAUAAAGAGCAGAGAGGACAGUAGACUAAAGGCGUUAGCAUCUACAGGCGGGAAGAGUGUCCAGGCAGCGUGUGAUUGGCUAUUUUCACACGUGGAUGAUCCCUUCCUGGAUGACCCACUUCCUCGAGAAUAUGUUCUCUACCUGCGACCAACUGGGCCUUUGGCGAACAAGCUGCUUGAGUACUGGCAUCAGUCACGACAGCUGUGCGGCAAAAACAAGGCUCACAACAUCUUCCCUCACAUUACCCUCUGCCAGUUCUUCAUGUGUGAGGACAGCAAAGUGGAGGGUCUCUGUGAAGCCUUGCAGAAUACGGUGACCCGAUGGAAAGAGACCUUCCCGCUUCCCCUUCCCCUGGAACUUUACACUUCGUCAAACUUCAUUGGUCUCUUUGUGGAGGAGGAGAGUGCAGAAAUCAUCAAGAAAUUUGCUGCAGAUUUUGCAUUGGAGGCAACAAGUAAAGCAGAUGUCCGAGUGGAACCCCACAAGAAACAGCUCCAUGUCACGCUUGCAUAUCAUUUCCAGCCCAAUCACCUGACUGCAUUGGAAAAAUUAGCUCGUGGCUUGGACCUGAAGCUGGGCUGUGACUGGGUUGCUGCUGUUUAUUCCCGAGAUAUCCGAUUUGCCAAUCAUGAGACUCUGCGAGUAAUGUACCCAUAUACACCUCAGAACGAUGAUGAGCUGGAACUGGUGCAAGGAGACUUUAUAUUCAUGUCGCCACUUGAGCAAAACAGCACCAGUGAGGGCUGGAUCUUUGGUACCUCACUCGCAACAGGCUGCUCUGGCCUGCUUCCAGAAAACUACAUCGCCAAGGCAGACGAAUGCGAUACGUGGGUCUUUCAUGGAUCAAACUCAUUUCUGACUGCGGCUGCUCCUGCUGGUGCCAGUUUAUGUGACGGAGCUCUUCGGAGGAGGAACCAGGAAGAGCAGGGGCCAGGCGAGGCUCUGUCACUGCCUUCCAAUGUCAUCUGCCACCCAAUGUCGAUGCUGUAUAAGAGCUCUCGGUCCAAUCCACAGAAACGGGAUCUGUACAUUUGCCGACAUGGAGAGAGGAUGGAUGUGGUUUUUGGGAAGCACUGGCUCUCUCAGUGCUUUGACUCAAAAGGUAUUUACAUACGGUCCAAUUUGAACAUGCUCCCAGCUUUACCUCAGAGAAGUGGCGGCUACAAAGACUAUGAGAAAGAUGCUCCUAUCACUGUGUUUGGCUGCACACAGGCCAGGCUUGUCGGCGAGGCUCUCCUGGAGAGUAAAUCUGUAAUUGACUAUGUGUACAGCUCACCCUCCCUUCGCUGUGUGCAGACUGCAUUCAACAUACUAAGAGGAUUUCAAAAGGAAAACCAGAUAAAGAUUCGGGUGGAGCCUGGACUAUUUGAAUGGACAAAGUGGGUUUCAGGAAGUACAUUGCCAGCAUGGAUGACGCCAGAGGAACUUGCAGCAGCAAAUCUGGGGACUGACACAACCUACAAACCUCACAUACCGGCAAACAAACUGGGGAUUUCGGAACCCUAUGAGACAUACAUUAGCAGGAGUUGCCAGGUUAUGAGGGAAAUCCUGGCUGAAUGUAAACUCAAAGGUAACAGCGUUCUGAUUGUAGCACAUGCCUCCUCACUAGAGGCCUGCACCAGGCAGCUCCAGGGGCUCUCUGCACGCAACUCCAAGGACUUUGUGCAAGUGGUUCGAAAGAUCCCAUAUUUGGGAUUUUGCGCCUGUGAGGAGCUGGAAGAUGCGGGUAUAUGGCAGCUGGUAGAUCCUCCCAUCCUACCACUCACCCAUGGGCCCAAUCACAGUUUUAGCUGGAGGGAUAUCUUGUUCCAAGACUAAUGGAGAGAUUCACCAUCACUGGAAGAUAGAGCCAUUAUUAGCAUGUGCUUCCACUUACUACUUCACCUCCUUUCCCUUAUUCCCCAUACUCCGUAUGAGCUGGUUCAUUUCACUGCCAUGCUUGGUAUACUCUGAUGCAACAGCCAUCAGCAUUAGUUACUUGAUUGUUGUGUUAUAUGCAAGUUCAGUCCUUGUAUUUACUUCAUUUGAUACCUUUUAAUUAUGAAUGAGUUGAUGUGAUUACAUGACCAAUUGUGUUUAGAUCAGAGCAAGAUACAGUUCUGAGGCUAGGUUUGGUUUAAAAAGAAAUUGAGUUGACUUCAGAGAACCUAAAAAUAAUUAAGAACUUCAGUCUGCUAAUUUAUUUUUGAAUUGUGUUUGACACAGUUUCACUAGAAGCUGUGGUAUACUUGAGCAGUAAUUGGGGCAUGAGAAUCUAUAUAAAGUUUUUCAGAAGCACCAAUAGCUAAUCUGAAAUGCAUUUUCUGGAGCACUGUUAACAAUGACUCCUGUCCCAUGUACCUGGUUUGUGGGACCUUGCCUCCUGUCUCAUAAACACUGAGGAUCUUGUUUAUCUCUGAUCCUGGAAUGUUAAGAGAUCAUAAUUUAUUUCUCCAUGUUGAAACCAAAAAGCAAACUCAUUUACAAUUGUAAGCCAAAGGAAUGGCAUGUGAGGAGGUCUUGACAUUAGACCCACCUCCAGAUAUUUAAAAUGUGUUAUAUUUUUACCCCAGUUGGCAGACAAUCAGUAGAACAGGGUUUAUUUAUUGUGUGUUUUACUAGCAGAAUCUGAUUUUUGUGAAUGACCCUUUUUUUGAAUGCUUAAUCCAAUCGUAUAGAUAUAUUUGUAUUGCUUGGCAGUAGAAAACGGGACUAAUUCCACAAUCCACACCACAGAGAGUUACUCAGAAAAGGAUUGUCAUUUACAAUUGAGCCAACAAUAUUACACAAAUGAUUCCCCAAUCACCUCUGUACAAACAGCAGCCCUCAAUAGGAUUGUGGAAUUAGUCUGUCUGGUUUAACUGAAGUCUCACUGAGGGCAGCAAUUGAUGAUGGAAAGGAGCCUUGAAAGUUAUGUGAUUUGCAUGUGUCUAGUUAGUUCCUUAACCACCUCCUUAAACGAGGCUUGCUGACAAUGUGAUUAAGCAGAAGUUAACCUUCAUCUUGCAUAUGGUGUAAUUUAAAGGUUGGAAUGCUUUAGCUGAGAUUUCCAAGGGUGUAUAGUGAGCUUAGUAUUACUUAAAUAUGGGUCUGUUGUAUCCCUGAAGGGAGACUAUAAAACUCCUUACCCCUCCAUUUUACUUUUGAAUACAUUUUUGAAAAUGAAAGUUGGCAUUGUUGAAUCUCAACUGAAACAUUUUAAUUUACAUAUUUGUGAUGAUUUGUGUGAAGUGAACCAAUCUUUUUUGUUCACCGGAAAAACAUACUGAAUGUUCAUCAAAGAACUUUCAACAGGAGUGGCCAUCCCGGCAAUAAAGCUUAAAAUUACCAUAUAUGUUUUUGUUUAAAAUACUGACUAAGCGCUCAGUUAGGAGACAUUUCUGUUAGUUAAGGAUGAAAGGAACACACUUAGAUCAGUGGCAGGAGAUGGAGAUAAACCAUUUAGCUUUUUGCAACUCUUGGACAGUUUUCUUCAUCUCUGAAACAUCCAAAACUGGAUGUUUAUAACUUAGCAUGUUGUGAGAAGUGAGAUCAUAAUGUUUUGGCAUUUGGAGAAUUAAAGAUCAAGACAUUUCUAUUUAAUAAUGAGAAAUGCUUUGUGGAUUGAGAGUUCAUCACAGAAAUUUGCCAGUGUUGGUCUGGAAGCUACCCAUAUUUGGGUUCAAAUAACAGAAUAUUAAAUAAUUAUAUACUUUUCCCAGAACUACCCCUUGGAAGUUCUUCACACUGUAUUGUGUUUGUGGAUAGCAAACUAAAAAGCAGAGUUUUUCUUUUUAUGUUUGUGUGUUCUUCCUUCCCCCCCCCCCCCCCCACCCAAGUAUGUAUGAAGUAAAUGUUUCAAAGUGAAUCUGUCACAGUGAGUGAUAUAAAAGGACUGAACACAACUUUAAUGUGGAAUUUUAAAUGAAUCAGGGUUGUGAUGUGUCAGACUGUGGACUACAAGUGUUGAGUAAUCCAUUCUUCUUGUUGAAGUGGCCUCGGCACCAUCCCAUCACUGAUUAGUUCAUAAUCAGUUUGCGUCUGCAGUGUUUUCCAUCAACUUGUCUGUUUUAAGCUGCAUAUGAGAAGCUAGUGUUUGUUGGCAAGCAAAGGUCAUGACUGUCACAGGAAUGGAGAUUCAAAUAUUUUUGGUAUUUCUCCUUUGAAGGUCUAGUAAAUCUCCCGGGUGUUGCUUCACUGCCCAGGUUGUGUUGAAUUCAUGCUGGUCAUUCUGCUGGGUGCCUAUUUGGCAUGAGUUUAGUUGAAUAAAACACAGGUCUCUUCUAAUUUGAGAAUCCCUGUGGAAUCUUCAAACUUAUAUUUAAAUGCUGCAGUGCAUACUUAGAAUUGUACUACUCAACCUAAUAAAUAUUAGGUUGAACUAAUUUUUUAAAAUGACAUAAUUUCAUUGAAUCACAAAGGAUAAUUAUUUGUUCCAAGAAUUCCAAUAUUACAGCCAGCUAGAAAGACCAUUUUAUCAGCACCCAGAUUUUGGCUUUGCUCAAUGCAUUUUGUCUCUUCUACCUUCAUGUUUUGGUGCUAAUUAUUUGCAUUAAGUAACAGCUUGGUCAAGACGGUGAAUUGCUGGGUUACUUCUAAUAGAUCACUAAACACUUCGGUUGCCAUAGCUCCAAUCUUGGGCUCUCUGUUGUCAAUAACCUGAUUUUUGUGAGUCUUGGGAUUGCUAGAGUUUGUACAUCUCAAAUAAGGCCUUGAAGUAAACUGCAGCAAUAAACAAGGAAAAAGGAUACUCAUGAGUUAGGCUCCCUGGUUGUUUUGGCAUAAACCAGAACAAAUUCAUGAUGGAUCGAAUCUGAUCCUCUUUAGCUUCUUUCUGUUGGCAUUUGCGAACAACAAAUGGAGCACGCAAUGCUCCAUGAUAAUUCAUUGAAUAAAGUUGGCUCACCCAAUUUAAAAAUAAAUGGACUUCCCUUAAGCUAGAAGUGGUAAUAGUUCAGAUUUACACUACAUCUGUCAUUGUCAGGAAAAGAGACAAAGACAAAGUACAAAGACAAUUUAGAAAUUAGUAAUUUGACAGCUGGAAAAACAAAAUAAUCAGCAUUACAUCGCAUGUCCUGUUCCUGGUUUGACUUUCAAUUCUUUUUGCUGCUAUGUGGCUGAAUAUUAGGCAGGGGCAAUACAUGGUGACAUAUGCUAAUCUAAUAAUUCUGCUUCUUGGACAACUUGAAUUUUGCCCCCAGAGUACCAGAACAAAAAUGAAUUUUCCUGUAAUCUGGGGCUGGAAUCUGCCACCUGUUAUGUCCUAUCCAUUGUUCACCAUACUGUAACAAGUGGAAUCAAAUACAAAGUAAUAAAUUGUAAAAAAAAAUGCAUUGCCACCCUUUUUCCUGCCCAAGUCAAAUUACUACCUUGUGUAUUCCAAGAAAACAGCUUCCUUUGUAUUUUGCCUUUUCUAGAUUACUCCUGUGAAGUACUUCAGAAUAACUUGUACUCAUAUCUAGAUUAAAGUAAAAUGGUUUAUUUUAUUGGCCUUAGCCAUAGUGAAGUGUAGAACUUCGCAAGAUUUGGAAGAAUACCAGAGUCAAUUGCCCAGAUUCUACAAGGCGACUGCUCGCAGACAGUUAGUUUAUAGAAGGACUGAAUCUGGCCUAUUGAGGAAUAGCCAUAAGGAAGAUCUUUUAGUUAGGGUCGGAGGAGCAUGUGUCCUAAAUUUGGCUGCCAACCUUGUGCAUCUAUUUGUAACAUAAUGUCCACCCUGGUUCUUCAAUUACUGGACUGGGCCAUUGUAAAACCCUUAACGAUUAGGGAAGGACUGUUGGAACGGCUGCUUGUGAUCAGAGAAAUGGAUUGGUUAUUGUGAUUAAAAAUUUUUUUGUGUAAAACCGAAGUUUCCAAGUGCUCAGAUACCUGAUGUGUGGGAGAGAGGGAAGAGGUGGAGGUGAUGGAGGGAUGGAAGGAGAUGGCAGUCACUUGAGAAUUUUGUGCAGUUGGUCAUGUGUUUUGACUGUUAAGUCAGAUGUUGUUGUGUUUUCGCAGUAAAAACCCUUAGAUAUCCUUUGUCAUUGUGUUUGGGGGAAACAUGAACCUGUAUUACUUCAGCAAACAUUUAAACCCACAAAUGCUGAAAUGUUGCAAUGAAAUGAAAUGACAAUAUAUAGUGAAUUAAAUAAUUAAAGAAUUAAAUAAUCAAUACCUGAAAGAAUAGUUCAGAUGUAAACCUGACAUUAGAAAACUUUAUCACUCAAUUUUCAUCUUUCAGAAAGACCUUGAGCAAUAAAAUAUCUUGAGGCAUAGUGACUAUUUUACCAAUAUAAUUUGUGGGUAAAGUGAUGUUGAUCUGAGGAGCAUUGGAGUGCUUUUUAUUUUUCACUGGUGAGUUUGAACACAAUCUCCUAGGUUUGCAAAAUGAGUAAUAAGUUUGCCAGGGAGAUUUAUAAAAGUAAUGAUUAGCUGAGAGUUCUUCAGACCUUUAAAUAUUUUCCCCUGUGUUUGUAAUUCCAUUUCAGGUUUUGAAAGUUGCCUUCUUGUGUAUCACAGCAUAAGGAUGUACCAUAGUUUAGAUCUUGCAUUCUGUACAAUUUAAGUAUAAAAUCCAUAUUUAUAUAUUUAUCAAAAUGAUUUUGUGCAUAUGUGACAAUGAUGGUGAUGCCAAAAAUUAAUGUGAUGCCAAUUUUUACAUCUGCAUUUAAAACUCAUUCUGAUUAAACAAUCAGUUGUGAUAUUUGUGUCUGUGGUAUUUAGUGUGCAUUGAUCUUAGGAUUAAAACUGCUUUAUACAGAUACAGUUUGUCUUACAGCCUGUCAUAUUGCUUUUAUUUUCACAGACACUGUACAAAUAUGUCAUUGAUCUGCAAUGCAGAGGGAUGGGUUUGAAUAAUGUGGGUCAAGGCACACCUACUUCUGCCUCACCAUCUUUGGGGACCCUGACAAGCUCUAUUCAUUCAACCACUUUGAGAGUGUAUGCCUGUUGAGAUUCUAAUACAAAUCUGAAUCCCCACUGUGGCAGAAAAUUGUGUUUCUGCGGUCAGAUCAUUUACCUUGAAAGAGAAGUUGCUGAUCUUUGUAAAGUAAUCAGGAGGUUAAAUCAUUUGCUUUCUUAGACGUCCAGCCUGAAGGUAAUCCAGUUAUUGAAGCAGAAUGAUUUUGGUGUAAAUUUUCAACAUUUUCUUCUUGGCAACUAUAGUUUUCAAUGUAGGUCAUAGCUUUAAGUUUUCAAUGGGAUUUUAAAAUAUAAACUUGCCAGAGCAUGCAAACUAAAAUGCCAUUUCAAUUUUUCAGCUCACUUCACUGUAUCCAUUUUUUCUUUUUUGUUCCUCAGUUUGAAAUUCAACUUGUGUUUCUCAGACCCUGUACCAUCAGGGCAAGGGUUGCUGCAGCUGGAGGUGAAGGUUCUCCUCCUUACUGGCAGAGCUGUACUUAUUGAUAGGUGCAGGUACCAUAGUGUCAUGGUUAACCAGGUGAUGAGUAUCCAAAGCCCCAGACUACUGAUCAAUAAAUGAUUUCAACUUGCACCACAGAAACUGUGAAAUUUCAAUUUAAAAUAAUUAAGUUAAAUCAGAAAUAAAUUGGUGGCAUUAGUAAUAUUGCUGGGAAAACAGCAUAUUACUUUUAAAUCCUUCCAGAUCAUUAGCACCCUCAAUGAGGAAGGUCUGUGUCCUUACUUGGUCUGCCUAUAUGUAACUCUAGACUCUCAAUAUAGCUAAAUGUCCUCUCAAUUGGCCGAACCACCUAGUUAGUAAACAGUGAAUUAGGGAAGAAUAGUGAAUGCUGACUUAGUGAUUUUUAUAAGUAAUAAAAUAGCAUAAAUCUAGUUUAGGCCUUGGCAGAGGAAAAGGACAAAAUUAACUUAAAUACUAAAUAAUUAUUCCAUUUACCACACCUAAUAGGUGUGUAUCUUUCUUUUGGGUAAGACCAUUACAAAAGACCUUUACAAUAAACCUCUUCAAUAACAAGUUUUCUCAUGUUACAAUGCUGCUAAGAAAGAAAAAUUAUCCAUGAUAAUUUGGUCUAUUAUUCCCAGUUUGGGUAUUUACAGGCUCCAUCUUUUCCACUGUUUUCAUUCCUAACAAACCGCUGAAAUAAAUCAGACAGUGGGGUUAAUAUUUUAAUUAUUAGUCUUCCUUGGUAAAUAUUGAUCCAGCUUUUGUGAUUUCUGACACCUUGCAGUCUGUUUCAUGUGCAGUGAUCUGUGAGGAGAUCUCUUUCUGGGAUCAGUUCCAAAUUUUUCAGAUUUUACCAUACUGGUAAGAAAGAAAAGAAUCUUACCAAUGAAAUAAUUGAAGAUUUUGGUUUCCAUACUGUUGGAUGAUAACUAGGUGUCAAUCACACAGGAAAGUGUUUAGCAUCAUUCAGCCUUCUGGGCAUUUAAGUUAAACACAAGACAGUAUUUAUUGCAGAAAGUUGAUGAGUGUUUGGGUUUGGUUGCAAGAAAGUAUGUAUGAACAUUGGGUUCACUGAAGUAAUGGAUUUAACAAAAUUAAACCCUGAACCUUGUAGUAAUGAUGAAAUCCCUACUUUAUGACCCUGUAAGGGCAACUAAAAUUUAUAAAGGAGAGAGAAAUCAUGGCAGUAUCCCCCUUGUGUCUGCAUAUUCAGUAAAAUUCAAAAUAUGGGCAGGUGUUAGGAGUCAAUACAGUUUGAUCAACCCUUUAAGGAUUAAUAUAUUGAAUGCAGCAAAUGUUUUGGGUCACUGUUGGUGUUGUAUCUGUCACAUGCUGACCUCUACAACAAAAUACAGAUUGAAGCAGGGUUACGCUACGGUUAAAUCGCUUGGAGAUCAGGCAUUUAUUUCCUGAUACUAACUAUAGCCUCCAGAUUUUCUUGCAAUGUGAGAAAUGCCAAUUGUCUUUUGUGCCGUUCAAUUUUUUAAAAAAAGUUGUACCAAUUGAGAGUAUUGGAGCUCAUUAAUUUCCUUGGUCUUUCCUUCCUUCAUAAGCCCUCAGGUCUUUGAAAGCAGACUUAGGGUCAUCUAACCACAGCUUUGUGAGAUGAACUUUUCUCACCUUUUUAACCCUUAAUGGUGUUCUGCAAUUUGAGCUUAGCUUUCUCAUUAAAGAAAUUUCAUCAUGCAAAUAUAACUAGCCUUCUCAUUUCAUAAUUUAAAUUGUGGCUGAUAUGCUUAUACUUUUAACUCUCAAGGAUAGUAUCAUCAUUAUAAAUCUUAUUAGGAUAAGGUCGCAGAAUCUGUUAUACCCCAUUUACUUUAUGGUUUACUAUCUAAUUGUACAUUUAAUUCUGUUUCCUCACCCUUGGCUAUAAAACCUUUCCUCAAUGUACUCUUGCAAGCAUUGAAGGUGGUCACCGAUUCUGUUCUUUUCUGCAGUCUGGGUACCCAUUCUUAUUUUGAAUUUUUUAUUUAAUCAUUCGAUGAAGUAAUAAAAAUCUCAGCUGCAAAAGUUUGAGUAUAAUUCAGCAAACCAUGGCUAUUAGAUCAGGAACCAUGACGCCCUAAAGGGGGAUAUUUUAAAAACUGCUAGCAGGGAAGAAUUUGUCUGAGGAAGGAGGCAGGGGAUUUAGAACCAACUAGAUUGUUCUGAGAUAAAGCUGGUAAGGACUCGGUAGGCUUGAUUCAGACACCAUUAUCUUUGCAAUGGUCCUGUGCUAGGUGAGCUCCAUUUCCUCAUUACACAGACUUAUCUGAACUCAGAAUUCAAAAUAAAUUCAAAUGCUUGCUACUUCUCAGACAUGUGGCAAGAGUUGACCCUUUACCAUGUAUAUCACACUUAUCUGCCUACCUUUCAUAGGAGCAAUGACCCUUAGUCCAGUGUGGUCGUUGCAUGUGGACUGCAAUUAUUUCACAUCCAAAUCCAUCUGUUCCUUGUGGGGGGUGGGGGGUGGGGGGGGGGGUGAAGAAAGCACGCUCUAUCAAUUCUUUUGAAAUAUAACUGUAACACUCUAGGGAGAGCUCAGUCACAUGCUUUUUUUUUAAAUUGGUUGAUGAUGAAGAGACCAAGAAAGUUUUGUUUGUUUUUCUUUAAAGCUUGUAUCUUGGGUUAAAAUUCAAUAGUUGCUCUACUAUCUUCAAAAAUGGUGGGCCCCAUUUUGAAAACAGGUUCUCCAGUCAAGAACUUUUUCUCUGAAUGGCACAUGUGCUAAUUGCUCUAGUACAGAAUUCAUGGCUAAUUCACAUCAUCAGGCACAGAACGAGAAGUUGGAAGAACUAAGUGCUACGCAAACAAUUUGAAAUUGGCUUGAAGAUAACGGUGAAACUUUAACGAUAAACAGCACUUCCUACACAAGUGGGUUUAGUUAAUAACAGUUUGAGCACCAUAUUGCAUUUCCUCUGACAUAAGCCUACACAAUACAUUCUCAUGUUAGUUCCGUAUUUAAAUUGUCUUGAUAGUGAAUUGAUCCUGAGUGUGUCUUGGUGUUCUCUAUUUUCCUCAUAUUUGUAGACAAUAUACAUAUGUGGACCAUACGUAAGUGAGACUUUAGUGUGUGUGUGUAUAUAUAAUAUAAUAUACAAACACACUAUUAAAAGCCUGGCGCUUUUGUGAUUAUAUGGCUGAAGGGUGGUGUUGGGAAGGGGAGCUAGUUCUUGGCAUGUUAUUGAGUGUUAAUUUUGUUUGCAAAUCUGCAAGGCAGACCUCAAUUCACAUGUCAAGUUUCUUGUAUUUCAAACAAAUGCUUUAUGUAUUUAAAUUAUUGUUCCAUUUUUAUGUAUUCAAAAUGUUUCUCAAGAAUGUGCAAUUUUUCAUUACAAAUAACUGCCUCCAAUUAUUUACUGCUUCCUACUGUAAAUUAUGUUGCCAAAUAAAUGUUUUAUUAGUGUUAA